GCUGCUUCUCUUCAAAAUCUAAUUUGUUCAUUCACUUUCUCCGGUCCUCCGCUAGAUCUUCGCUCACUGUUUUUAUGUUGUAUCGAACAAAAGCUGGAGAUGAAUCCUUGGGCCUAGCGAAGAAGAGAGCUUCAUUUGUGGCAUCUUAUCUUGUAGAUAGAUGUGGUUUUGCUCCAGAAAAGGCUCUCUCAGCUUCCAAUUAUAUGAAGUUCGAAUCCCCGGAUAAACCAGAAUCUGUGCUUUCGUUCUUAAAAACCCACGGAUUCACAGAAAGUCAGAUCUCAAAAUUAAUCCGAAAAUGCCCUCCAGUCCUGUUGUGUAAUCCUCAAAAUACCCUUUUGCCCAAGAUUGAGCAUUUCAAAUCCGUAGGAUUUACCAAGGAUGACUACACUACUGUACUGUGUGAAUGCCCUAGUAUUUUCAAGAGAAGUUUGAAGAAUCAACUCUUCCCCGCUUUAGCUUUCCUCAAAAAGUUUUUUGAUUGUCCAGAAAAGAUAAUAGUUUGCUUGAAGCGGACUCCUUGGUGUUUUUCAGAGUCAUGCCAGGCUACAGUGGAAGCCAAUAUUCACCUUCUGAGGGAAAUGACAGUUCCGGAAUCAAGCAUCUUGUAUUGCUUCCAAAACCAGCCUAGGUUGUUCAUCAAGGAUAAGGAAAAGUUUACAAUGAUUCUGGAAAAAAUCAAGGGAAUGGGGUUUGAUUCAUCCAAAAGAACAUUUAUGGUUGCAGUUCAUGUGUUUUGUUCCAUGAGUAAAUUAACUUGGGAGAAGAAGGUACAUGCUUAUAUGAAGUGGGGACUUUCAGAGGACCAGGUUAGUGAAGCUUUUGGGAAGAACCCUUGGAUUAUGGCAUGUUCUGAAGAAAAGAUUCUACUGGGAAUGGAAUUUUUUGUAAACAAAAUGGGUUUAAAGCCUUCUGAUGUCUUGAGUAACCCUGUGAUUAUAAUGCUUAGUUUGGAGAAGAGAAUCAUUCCUAGAUCUCUAGUUUAUCAGACAUUGGCUUCCAAAGGUUUAUUUAAGAAGGAACUAAAGCUAUUUGUUAGGAUGUUGAAAGCGCCUGAAGAGAAGUUUCUAAUGAAGUAUGUGAAACGCUAUGAGAAUGAAGUUCCUGACCUGAUGAAGCUUUAUCAUAUGUCUGGGCUAAUGGUGGUGCCAAAUUAGAGCUUCUCGUAUUGAUUACUGAGAUGACCAUCAUCCUGAGGUUACCUCCAAUUCACCUUAUUAUUUUGGAAAGAUCAUAUCAUCAUAAUCUUGCAGUUUUCUCAUUGUAUCUUUGUUCUAAUUUCUAGGUAGUAGUUAGCCAUUGAGCUAAGAAGUUUUGAAUAAAUAUGUGUUGCAGCCAACAAAUCGGCUACUUGUGAAGCCACAAUUCAACAUCCAUAUUGUAUUAUCUUUUGACCAAAAAAAUACAGACCUGUUUGGGAAUCUAAUCCCGGUACACAUGCUCCCUUAUGCUCUUUCAAAAAAAAUCAGUGCUACAAACCAGCUGGUGUAAUUCCUCCAUGCACUUCAGGUUCAAACUGGUUGUGCUAGAGAUAUUUACCAUAUGAAUAAAACAUUGGUAAGUGUACAAAUAGGACCGGAAUAAAUUAUAGGACUAAAAGGUUUGGUUAGUGAACUCACAAAAUUAACCUUAGUUCAUGUCACUGCAAUAGAAUUACUCUUAAGAUGAAAAAUGGCAAAAGUCUCUUAUACAAAAAGCUCCACAAAAUUUGAAACAAGACAUUUAAGGAUUUUUUUUGCUUAUGGAGGACUGUUACUGUGUUUAUGCUGUAGUAAUACUGCUAUUGCCGGCUUGCCGCAAUACUGUUAAGAGCCGGUGGAGCCAGAUAGUAGCACUCUAGUCCACAGUGGCACGUGACAGUAGCACCGCUAUUGACACCAGUGCCAGCAUUCCGCCUUCAAUGGCCGCAGGGAUGGAAAACAGGAAAAGAGAACUGUAACAAACUAGCAACCACUGUCGAUGGCGACUUCUGGUAGUAGCAACCAUGCUGCUACCACUGCCGUACUGCUACUGCUGUCCUUAUUUGUAGAAACUAGAAAGUGUUGAAGAUGAUAUUUUUUGUGUUUGUAACUCUGGUCAUACAGUUCUAAUGUACUUCUCCCAAAGAUAUACGGAGUACAUUUCAUCCUCUCUAAUGACCAUUGAGCUCGACCACCAUUGCCGAACUUCCACCAUUGGGUUCCAGUUAUUGCCACUAGCAAUUGACUGCUUUAAUGUCAGUAUACUACCACUCGGAAACAAAUAAAAGUUAUAAUAAACUUACCUCUUGUGAAUCAACGGAAAUAGAGGAUGUCAUUGCAAACUAGUAUGAUAGUGAGUAGUGAACCUAGACACUGUUACAUUACCUAAUCCACCACCAUCGGGACAGGACAGUGAUAGUAUGCACUCUUGAUUACUUGAGAAUUCAUAUUAUGAUUACGUAGAAUUUCAUAAACAAAUGCAUACAUCAAAAUGGCCAGGCCAAGACAGUGUAGACAGGGGGAAAACAAAGCAUCGAGUAAUGCAAUAAAGGGGAAAAUAGAACAUCCAACAAUGUGGCAGGAGAUUUUAUUGUAUGAUCAAAUCGAGGUCACCCUUUCCAUCAAUUGCAAUGGAGCUAAAGACUCACUAUUUUUUUGCUUGGGAAUAUGAUGGAAUAAAGCAAAAUAGUUCACUAAACUGUCUGCGCUUCUUUGUUAUGAAGCAAUAGUCAGUUCAUGCAAUUUUCGAUGUUAUUCUCACUAUGGGUCAUUUGGAAACAAUCUCUUUGUGCUUUAGUGCAGGGGUAAGACUGCGUACAUCCGACCCCCCACCCCCUACUCCACCGUAGGUGGGAGCCUUAGCGGCACUGGGUAAUGAUGAUGAUGAUGAUGAUGAUGAUGAUGAUGAUGAUGAUGAUGAUGAUGAUGAUGAUGAUGAUCAAAUUGAGGUCACCAAGCAAGCUGGGUUGAACAUUUAUCACUUUUGUAAGUUUAUCAAAUGAAGCACUAGCUCCAGAUGGAGCUGCAGAACUACCGUCCUCUAGAAUGGGGUUUCAGAGUUGAAGUUUUGCAUAUUAGAACUGCUAAACUACCCUUCACAUUUGUGUCCUUCAAACCCACUUUCCUCUUUGCUUCUUUAACAGAUGUGGAUAUAUUUGUUUAGUUUUAUAUAUGUGUGCGUAAUCAUGUCCUGUGUUCAUAUACAUAUUAGUAGGAUUGCAAGAAUGACUAACUCAUGCAAAAAACACACGUGCUGAACAAUGAAUGUAUCAUGACUACCAUCCAUGUGUGUUUAUGAUGAGUUAUAACCGUUUCAAUUUCCAAAACUUAUUUCAGAUGUGGAUAUAUUUGCUUAGAUUUAUAUAUGUGUGCGUAAUCA